AUGUGUCUGAGGAUGACUCAAACAGGCCUUGUGGUCUUACUGCUGCUCCAGUGCUGUUCUGCUUACAAACUGGUCUGCUACUACACCAACUGGUCCCAGUACCGGGAGGGUAAUGCGAAAUGCUUCCCAGACAACAUCGACCCCUUCCUCUGCACCCACAUCAUCUACAGCUUUGCCAACAUAAGCAACAACGAGAUCGACACCUUGGAGUGGAAUGACGUGACACUCUAUGGCAUGCUGAACUCACUCAAGAAAAAUAACCCCAACCUGAAGACUCUCCUGUCUGUUGGAGGAUGGAACUUUGGCUCUGAGAGAUUUUCCAAAAUAGCCUCCAACAGUCAGAGUAGCCAGACUUUCAUCAAGUCGGUGCCAACAUUUCUGCGGACCUAUGGCUUUGAUGGGCUGGACCUGUCCUGGAUCUACCCUGGACGGAGAGACAGACAGCAUUUCACCAACCUGGUCAAGAAUUUGAAGGCUGAGUUUUCAAAGGAAGCCCAGUCAGGAAAAGAGCAGCUCUUACUCAGUGCAGCUUUUCCUGCCGGGAAGGUCAACAUCGACAUUGGCUACGAUGUCCCCCAGCUCUCACAAUACCUGGAUUUCAUCAAUCUCAUGACCUAUGACUUUCAUGGAGCUUGGAGAGAUAUCACAGGCCAUCACAGCCUCCUCCACAAAGACCAGGAUAGCUUAAGUUCUGACCGAUACUUUAAUGUUGAGUACGCUGUGGGGUACAUGUUGAGUCUGGGAGCCCCAGCUAAUAAGCUGGUAAUGGGCAUCCCCACCUACGGGAGAAGCUUUACCCUGGCAUCCUCUAUGACGGGCUUUAGAGCUCCAACCUCAGGGCCUGGAACAGAAGGCCACUUCACCAAGGAGAAGGGCAUGCUUGCCUACUAUGAGAUCUGUGAUUUCCUCAACGGGGCCAACAUCAAAAGACUCCGUUUGGGGAAGGUCCCUUAUGCCACCAAGGGCAACCAGUGGGUAGGGUAUGACGACCAGGAAAGCGUCAAAACCAAGGUGCAGUACCUGAAGAGCAAGCAGCUAGCAGGCGCCAUGGUGUGGACUCUGGACUUGGAUGACAUUCGAGGCUCUUUCUGUGGCCAGAAGGCAUUCCCUCUCACGAGCACCAUCAAGGAUGCACUCUCUGUAGCUUAG